CCAAACAGAAGUGAAGUCAAUAAGGAAAUGAGAGAUUCGAAUAUUUCCUGUUGUAAAUAUAGCGUCUUCCACAGCACUGAUCCAGAUAGAACCAAAAUAUGAGCUUUAAAUACAUAAUGUCAAAGUGACAUUAUGAAAUAUGUUAUUUGACUGUCUGGCUGCUGCCAAUAAUCAAUAAAUUGCCUCCGAAAGCGAACAGGAUGGAUAUCAGCAAAGCCAUCGGAGUCUCCUACACGGACAAUCUCAUUGGGACUGUAUUUGCCAUUUCUGGAAAUGUAAUCGUCAGCAUCUCCUUAACUAUUCAGAAAUACAGCCAUGUGAAGUUAGCGGGAACAAACGACCCACGUGCCUUCUACCAUUCCAAGACCUGGUGGUGUGGUUUUUUACUGGCAUGUCUUGGGGAGGCAGCAAACUUUGUCUCUUAUGCUUUUGCCCCUCUUGCUCUCAUAGCACCUCUUAAUGCUGUGUCUGUCUUGACAAGCUUAAUUUUGGGUUUUAUUUUUCUGCGUGUGAAAUCUAAACCAAAGGACUUUGCAAAGCGCUAUGUGCUGUCCUUUCUGGGCUGUAUCCUGACCAUAGCAGGAACAUACCUCUUCGUAACAUUUGGACCAAACUCUCAUGAGAAACUCUCAGGAGAGAACAUUGUGAAGCACAUUGUGGGGUGGCCUGUUCUCUUGUAUCUGCUCCUGGAGAUCAUCACGUUCUGCCUGCUGUUAUACUUCUACAAACAGCGCGGCGCUAACUACCUUGUUAUUAUUCUGCUGUUGGUCGCUCUGCUGGGCUCUGUCACAGUCAUUACAGUGAAGGCAGUGUCAAGCAUGUUGGUUCUCACUGCUGAGGGCGACAUGCAGCUUGACAACCCAAUCUUCAGUGUCAUGUUUGUGUGCAUGGUGGCUUCAGUGAUCUUCCAAGCCAGAUUUCUCUCUCAAGCCUGUCAGCUGUAUGACUCCUCUCUUAUUGCCAGUGUCAACUACAUCCUCUCCACCACCUUUGCUGUGGUAGCUGGAGCUGUGUUUUACCUGGAGUUUAACAAUGAAAAUUCCCUUCACAUCGGCAUGUUUGCGUUGGGAUCACUCUCCUGUUUCCCGGGGGUCUUUCUUAUCACCAAACACAGGAAAAGGAACAAGGCCUUUGAACCAUAUGUCACCAUGGAUAUGACUAAUGGUGUCCCAACAAUUCAUGACAAGGGUGAAAUGGUUCAGCCAAGCACCAAUGGUUCCUUCUCCUAUGGGACUCUGGCCAACAAUGAUGGAGUGGCUCCUGCAACUCUGCCGGUCAACCUUGAACAACUACCAGUCAGCUCCAGAUACUCUGAUGCAUCUUGUGGCCCGCCUGGCCUGAAGGAAGAUUAGAAUCAAAGGUUUCUUUUCUUUUUAUUUCCCCUUCUACUCUGUCCAACUGUAACUUUCAAGGACCUUAAAAGGCCAAGCUUUGCAUAUUCAAAUUUUUUCACCUAAACACAGGACUGACCUCCAGCCCAGUAGGGGUGCUCACUGCUUGUAGGUGUUCUCCUACUGCUUUGCAGUCUUUUUCACAUCAUUUUGUUUUUGAAAUCUCCUAACCAAAACCUUAAGAACCUCUCUUUAAAAAAAAAAAAAAAAAAAAAAAAAA